AUGGCGACUGAGAGCAGAUCAACGCGUCCCAAAACCACGAUCGAGAUUCCAAUUCCCUCCAUACGACGAUACGUACCCGGUUCUGGCCCGCCGCCACCUCGGAUUACGCUAGCGCCCCCCCGCGAUUCGACAGCAUACAUCAUCGACCAGUUCGUUCUCCCGACUGAAAGUGAUACCACCAAGACCUCCCGGCGCCUCAUUCACUACCACAUCGGCUUCACCGAUCUCCCAGCCGUCAAAAUCCUAAUACCAUGCCAUAAGGUACUGGAUUAUGUCUCGCCGCGCGAGCUGGAGGAUUGGGAGUACCAGAAUGCCGAAAGGAAAGAGGAGGAAAGGGCCCGCGAGGCAGCCGAGAAGCAGCGCGCUGCCGCGAAGAAGGCAGCCCAGGCUCAAGAGGGUAUUCCCACACUAACAGUGCUCAGUCCUGCAGAUGAAGCACUACUCCUCGCUAAAGAAGUCGCUGGCCCCUCACUGUCAACACCCCAGAAGAGGAAAGUGGCCCUGGCGCUAGCCGCUGAGACCAUGGGAGAUACCAGCAGCUACGAGUCAGAUGAUGCUGCCGUACAACGGCAGUUAUACGACGAUGCUGGGUCAGAAAGUGAGGGGAUCGAAGGCGAUUUGGAUGAAGAAUUGGAGUCGGUGGAUCAACUGGCUGCUCCGUAUGAUACGUCUGGCGUUGUGACCCCUUCUCGAGCUGCCAGUUCGGCACCACUUCCCAAACACCCGUUUCCCACCGUAGUUUCCAUGGAAGCGGGUUUUCUAAGCUCUGGCUCCGGACCCUCCAGCAUCCACUCGACCAGCGCACCUACUCCUGGGCAGGUACAUCCUGCGUGGGCGAAAGCCUUGGGGUUACCAAAGCAAGCCGAGCAACCACUUAGCACCCCGGGCCAGAACGGCCACGCAAAACAGAAUGGCUCUCAGCAAAAGCUAAAGGGACAGGAACACAAGGCGCCACCUAAAGAGUCAUCACUUAAGAUGGGCAAGAAAAGAAAACGCCCAGAAUUCCAAGAUGAACCAGCCGUGGGGGAAGAAGCCGCAGAUGGCGAGUGGGAGAUAAAGGAAUUGCUCGAUGAUGGGUGGGUCAUUGAGCAUGGGGUGAACGUCCAUAAAUAUUUGGUUUUAUGGGAGGGUGAUUGGCCGGAAGAUCAGAAUCCUACCUGGGAGCCGGCGGAAAAUAUCCGAGACCAAAGUCUAAUCAGACGCUACGAGAAGAGGAAGAAGGCAGGCCUGCCAAAAUCCUUCAAAAAGGCGCAGAAAACCUUGCACCAUUUCUUCUCGGGGCCCCAGUACUCCAGCGUCGCUGAAGCCUUCGAAGGCGGCAUCGAUGAGCAGGCUGGGCUCGAUGCGCGGGGUCUGGACAGCGAUGCGGAGCCCCCCGAUGAGGAAUUUGUCGUGACAGAGAACGCCGGUGAUCUCACCAGGAAUGGGAUACAGCCGUCACCAAGCUUCCGCUCGUUCGACAACAUGUUGGCGCGGUAUAACCAGAGCUUCCCACGAGCGUGA